GCCGCCGUGUAGUGAAAAGACGCUGCUUCACGUGUAACGCUCAUCUAGCUAGCGUGACACACAUUUCUGUUCAAACUAAAACUUGUUACUUGCUACGUUAGAUAGACAUGGACCAGUACAUAGUUUUCAGGAACAAUAAACGAGUGUGCCUCAGGGAAGAAGACAUGACUGCAGAGAAACUUAGUCGCAUAUUUCAGGUCUCAACUCAUAGUCUUUACCUGACUAACGAUGCAAAUGUGGCAUUGUUUCCGGGAGCAUCUGGCGUGUUCAGCUCAUUCAACCUUACUGCAAGAGGUCAUUAUGAGGUUCACGGUGAGGACGAGGACGCCUCAUCAGCUUCAACUAACGUUGGCCGCACGGGCCAACGUUUUGCAUUCAUGCGAACACCGUUGACUACUGCGAGUUCAACUGCCUCAGCCACCCCCAGAGCAGUCACUAAAACAUUUCAAAGAUCACUGUACCUGGCUGAGGUCGUUGGUGGGAGGUUGAUUCCCAGCAGAAUGGUGGUGGUCAGGUUUUUGGAAUGUGAGGCUAAUCUUCAGGGGAUCAUAGGAAAAGUACAAGAUGCCAUUGGAAGCUAUGACCCUAUGGUACUGACUGAUGCACAGGGUAAUGCUAUUUUGGAGUCUGAAGGAACAACCGGGUCACACUACUGGAAACAGAAUGUACGAAAGAUUCUUGCUGUGCGUUCCAGGAGUUGCAGGGUAAAAAAAGGAGGCGACUCAGCCGAAAAGAUGACGAAGCUGCAGGCAUUGGAGAGGUCACUGAGAAAUUAGAAGAGCUUGUACUGGCAUCCCAGAGCCUACCAGAUAUCACUGCAGCAAUCGGAGAGCUCACCAACCUGGCUGCCACUCAGAGAGUCAUCCUGAAUCAUACACAGCUACAGACCAUCAAGCAAGGAUUCUGCUGUGUUGUUUGUAUGAGUAAGUAUGCAAUAGAUAUUGUCCCACAUGAAAGAUAAUUCUGGAUCCAUUUUAUUUUGUGUGACAGAAUUUGAGAUUUCCAAAUACACAUCAUUUUUUACAUUCUCUACCCAAGAUCAGCUGUGUCUCAUCCACAACAAUUAACUGCAUCUGAUGCAAACCUUUUUGUAACAGCUCAUGAUGUAAUGAUACAAAAACAAAGACAUUUUUUAAGCACUA